AUUAUUCAACUUAUUCAUUUGAAUGACUUGAUACGUACAUGUACAUAUUUAACUUACAUGGAUUUUAAUUUAAGUGUUAUGAAACAAACAUGACAAAUUUUAAUAUAUUUUUGAUAUAUCUUCAUAUCAUGUAUAUAGUAUGACAUUGUAAAGUCACCGGAGUAAAUGAUGUCAGAAGAUGGGAUGUGUAGAAAGUCAUAGACGAAGCAGAUCUGCUGAAAGGUCUAGGCAGCUUACAGAGGAACUUACACGUGAUUUUAUGCUGAAGAGACAAGAGAUCAAUGUACUUACCGUUGGAACAAAGUAUUCAGACAAAGAACAAUUUAUUCAACAGUUGCUGAGAUUCAUUAAAGAAGAACAAGAAAACAAUGACGCAACAAACAAUGCGGGUGGUCCUCAAGAGAUUGUAAUCUCAAAGAAUUUAUCAGAAAUUUGUUUUACCAUCUGUGACAGAAAGUUCAGAAUUUUACAUUUGGAAGAUGGAGUUGAAGCAUUUAAAUCUAAAUGGAUAAAUUGUUUAGACCAUGUCAGCGUGAUACUGGUAGUGUCAAAUCUGUCAAAAUAUAACAUACACUCAUCAGACAAGAGUCCAGAAGAGAACCAAUUGUUAGACAGCAUAAACUUAUGCGAAGAAGUAGGCAGGCAUUAUUCUUUCCGGGAUAUACCAAUCUGCCUGCUAUUCAUGAAUCCGGACGUGUUUGAACAGAAAUUAUCACAAAUCUCUCUUAGUAUAUACUUCCCAAACUUCAAAGGUGCGGGCUCGUUUGAGGAAGCUUUAGCUUUUAUAUUGACGGAAUUCGAGAAGUCUUGUACGUGGAAAAGUCGUAGUAUUCACACUAAAGUAUUACAAUACAAUGACAGCGCUGACCUUAGUUCCUUAAUUCAAACCGUUAUUGAUAUGUGUCCAAUAGAGGAGGUGCACACAGAGCGUUACAAUCGACCUUAUCAAUCAAGUUUUUGCGACGAACCAUUGUCUACCAUAUGCAUAUUGCCUUUAUGGUACUGCGUUUACUACUGCUGUAUGCCAACACGCUCUCGUCUUUCGUUUCACAUAGAUUUCAUCAUUAAAUUGUUUCAUGGUUAA